AGGGCCCGAUGGCAUGCUGCAGCCCAGCCCGGCUCAGCUCUGGAUGAAAUAAGGACCUUGCUGGGGGAGCAGUUCUUUGUGCAGUACAGUCCGAGGUGCAUAACGUAAUGUCCAUGCUGUACUACACUCUGAUUGUAGCUUUUUUGAUCGGCACACAGGCAGCUCCAAAGUCAGAGGACAAUGCUCCCCUGGAGUAUCCAGCAGAACACUCCCUGCUCGAUGCCCACCGGAGCAACAGGCACCACGUUCCCGAGGCAGCCCCACAGACGCCCCACGGCCACGCCGCCUGGAGCAGGAGAGAAGCCAUAAACAUCACCGUGGACCCCAAAAUCUUUCGGAAGAGGCGUUUCCGCUCCCCCCGGGUGCUGUUCAGCACGGAGCCCCCGCCCGUGGCGGGGCAAGGACAGAGUCUGGGAUUCCUCGGCGGCGCCGGUUCCCUCAACAGGACUGCCAGGACCAAGAGGUCCACGCACCCCGUGCUGCACCGGGGGGAGUUCUCGGUGUGCGACAGCGUCAGCAUGUGGGUCGGGGACAAAACCACGGCCACUGACAUUAAAGGCAAAGAGGUGACGGUGCUGGGGGAGGUCAACAUCAACAACAACGUCUUUAAGCAGUACUUUUUCGAGACCAAGUGCAGGGACCCCAAGCCGGUGUCGGGCGGGUGCCGCGGGAUCGACGCCAAGCACUGGAACUCGUACUGCACCACCACCCACACCUUCGUCAAGGCCCUGACCAUGGAGGGCAAACAGGCGGCCUGGAGGUUCAUCCGCAUCGACACGGCCUGCGUGUGUGUGCUCAGCAGGAAAUCAGGGAGACCCUGAGCGGGGAGCGACGCCCUCCAGCACCCUCCUACCCCCCUACCUCAGUCUGUAAAUUAUUUUAAGUUAUAAAGGACUGCAUGGUAUAUUUAUAGUUUAUACAGUACAGAAAGAACCUCAUUAUUUAUUAAACUCUUUUGGAAA